AUUGAAUGUAAGACGACAAUGAAUUAGCAGAAAUCACAUGAUAAAAAAGUCAACACAACUGAUGAUAUGAUGCGAAGUCGAGUCGGAGAGCUGACUUCAGAGUUCAGUCUUGGAUUUCAAAUGCAAGCGAGUGCAAGAAGCUUCAGUUUCUUUUUCAUUUAAUUUCCUAAAAUCGUUUAUUUGUGGAAAUCCAUGGUAAAUGAGGGCGUCCCGUGCGAGUUCGGUGAGGGAGGCAGCUGCAGAAAGACGAAGGAAACCUGUUACACAUUUCGAAAACAGCCAGGCCGAGAAAUCUCCGGAUCUUGGUCGUUCUCUGCGCCGGCAGGAGCGGCUUGUUUUGGAGGCAGAUUCCCCUGAUACGGGGGCGUACUCUACAUGUUCGCCAUCCGUUGUCAUAACCCCAUCUUGUGGACAUAGUAAAGUCCCAACCAUGAACACAUUGGCAGUCCAGACAGCCUGUGGUGGGGGCAGCUCCAGAUCCCUCAACAAGAUUGGACAUUGUGAGUGUAACCAUGACAACUAUGGCAACAUCAACAAUGAUUCUAGCAUCCAGAACGAAUGUCAUGGCGAGAGCACACCAACUUCUUGUCUAGAGGAGGACGAUGUCUUUGGAGCUUCUACAGGAACCCUGAGAAGCAGGCAGGAGAUGCGCUGGGAGCUAAGGUACUUUUUCAUGAACCCGUACCUCAAGUACAAGAAGAGAGGCCGCAAACCGUGGAAGCUAGGGGUUCAGCUCCUCAAGAUCAUCUUUGUUACUAUUCAGCUUGUUGCCUUUGGAACGAGCCAGUUUUCACUGAACAAGUUCUACGAAGGAAACCAAGAAGCUUUUGAACAUUUGUUUUUGAAGAGCUGGAGUUCCGGUUUUGACUCCAAGGCAUACCCCAAGAGCGAUGAACUUUAUGCCAUCUAUGAACAAGAAAGCUUCUUCAAACACCUUGACUACGUUGCUUAUCAGUUUUCAAACCUGAAGUCAAAUGCCAUUGGGACGUAUGGCUAUGAUCACAGAGAAGAAGGGGAAGCCCGCGCUCUUCAUGUAUAUCAGGAGAAUUAUAAGGAGAUCAAGAUAACAGAAGACGGACAGUUUGUAAUUAAUGAGGAUAUUCAUACAAGUUUUAUAGUCAUUCCAGUGAACACAUCUCACAAUAUAUCAGUCAAAGAUUACUUAGAGCUUCACAACCAGACACUGUGUCUUGAUACAUUGAGAUUAUUCAAAAUGAACUUUGUGAUAAGCAGCGUUCAUCUCAAGAAUUCCAACACGUUCACCAUUCCAGAUUGUAUCAAGUUUAAUAUCACUAUUAAAUAUGAUAAUACAAUACAUAGUGGAAGGAUGCCAGUUUCACUUGAUGUUGAGCACAACUUCUUCACCAACUGCUCUAACAAAUAUGAUGAUGAUGAAUUGGAGAAAACAGCUGCAAGGAUGAUAUUUACACUGGACAUUCUAGUUCUUAUACUGUGUCUUAUAUCAGUGAUACUGUGCCUAAGGUCUCUUGUUAAAGCACAGCAACUGAAAUUUAAAACCAUGAAGUUUUUCAAGGCGCAUUAUAGCUGCACACUAGGUACCUCUGAUAGGAUGGAGUUCUUAAACCUUUGGUAUGUGAUCAUCGUUGUCAGUGAUAUAUGCACAAUCACCGGGAGUGUUAUUAAGAUCCUGAUUGAAAUAUCGGAUAACACAAACUAUGAUCCAUGCAGUCUAUUGCUUGGUACAGGAUGUUUCCUGAUCUGGUUUGGUGUUCUGAGGUACCUAGGCUUCUUCAACAAAUACAAUAUCCUUAUUGUAACUCUAAAGAAUGCCAUGCCUAAUGUACUAAGGUUUCUCAUCUGUGCCAGUAUCAUAUACGCUGCAUAUGCAUUUUUUGGUUGGAUAGUUCUCGGACCAUACCAUCCAAAGUUUAAAACACUGAGCAUCUCAGUAGAGUGUAUGUUCUCACUCAUCAACGGAGACGACAUGUACGCAACGUUUCGUGAGAUGUCAACUAGCAACACAACUAUCUACGUCUUCAGUAGGAUCUAUCUCUAUACAUUCAUCAGUCUCUUUAUUUACGUGGUACUCAGUUUGAUCAUUGCCAUCAUCAUGGACACCUAUGAAACAAUGAAGGAAUACCAAAGAACGGGUCAUGUAGAGGGCAAGCUUCAUUGUUUCAUGGCGGAGACUUGCGAUGAGUCCAUUCCAGGGCGGGGUUCAUUCCACACCCAAUCUAGUAUGAUGGAGAAGUGGAGAUGGCAGCAAAAACUAAGAGGCACUUUCUGCUGUAGAAGAUGUAAUUCAUACAACAGCGAUGAGGAUAUGAUCACAUGAUGUCAAUAUGGGGAAUCCCCAGGUCCUUGGAUACCAGUAAUCAAGCCUGCUUGUACGUGGUAACCUGGAGGAAAGUAACCAAGUUACAAAAACAGUCAUUGAUCAUCUUUUAUCCUGUGAUUGCAAGGAAAGAAUCCUCAAGUCUGGAUGAUUGACUCGGUGCUCUCGUUUCUUGUGGAGGAUGACUUUGGAUCAGUCCUAUUUUGAGCCUUUGAAUGACUUUACUUCAAGAACCUGGUGGUCAAAAUCCAGGGGACGGGUUCAUGAGAAAAGACGGCAUUGGCAAGUUUGUUAUCUGACAUUCACCAUAGUUACAGUCAUUAAGCACCUUCUGCGUCAUCAAAUCAUGAACCCCUCUUCCGUUUACCGAGGUACUCCUGAAAGAGUAAGCAAAGUUGCAGGAUUGUUUACCGGCCACAACCGCGUAGCAGUUCGACAAGUGGUACUUGUGAUUGCAGGAGACAAUCUUCAAGACUGGAUGAUUGACUCAGGGGUCUUGUCUCUCUUGGAAAUGUCUAAGGAUCAAUCUUAUGCCUUUGAAGGACUUAACAAUGGAUAUUGGUUCAUUUGCUUCAAGAACCUGAUGAUGUAAAUCUUAUUGCAAUUAGGGAAACAAGUGCACUGUUUCGUUACUGUUGUCGGGAUAGCCAACUUGGGGCCGUAUUUUGAAGUCAGGUUUCUUAGACCAUGGUCUAACUCUGUGCUAAAAUUAUGGGAGCCAAAAAUGUAAAGAUUCUGUUUAUAUUGUAUAUGCCUUUAUGUUUACUAUUUUGUUUCCUGUUGCAUUCAUGAUGAAGAAAAAUACUUCAGUUAUCAUUCCCAGACAAUUAUGAACAAUUUGGGUGUCAUAUGAGUUAAUAAGUUGAAUGUGUUCUGUUAGGGAUUUGUGCCCCAAUUGGCUCUCCAUAGUUAAACCACAACUUUAAACCAGGGUUUGAUUAAAACCUGAGUUCAGAAAACGGGCCAGAGUACCUGUCAGUCACCAUAGUAAUAGUCAGACUGUGUUUCUCAUCCCCUGUGCUUCUCAGCCAAUCAAAAUCAAAAAUGGGAUGCUGAUGAAACUCCCCAAGAUGUCUAGGGACCUGUAACACAAAACUAAGCAAUGAUCAUAGAACAUUUUUCCAUGAUUGAUUGCAUUGACUACAAUGUACAAUCAAUCAUAAAAAUCAAGUGUACAAUCAAUCGCUAGCCCGUAUUCUGAACCUGGGUUUCAUUUAAUCAUCACAUGCUGGAAAGCCAGCUCACUAAUGAUUGCUUAAACUGAUAGGCACAUGUGGGACGGAGUUUUAUUAAUAAUAAUGAUUAUACUUGCACCUAAUACUGUACCUCUUUAUGAGAAGUCUCUAAGUGUUAUACAAUAAAUGCAGCAAAAUUACCCUGGCUUUAGCCAUGCUAAAGCCAGAUAUCAUUGUUUUGAAGAAAAAAAACUGUCUCGGGGCAAAGAUUCUGUGCUUAUUUUGCACAUUUCACAGCAAUUAUGCAUUCUCUACCCGAAUCAUUUGACAAAGAAUAAAACUUGGGUGAACACAUUUAUUGGGUACUGUUUGACCUCAUUUUGAUAUCAAUGACACAGCUGAAAUUUCUUUAAAAUUUCUCCAUAUAUUUCUACUUUUUCAUAACAGGCUAUUUAUGACAGAAAUUUGAGAUUAUAUUCUAAAUAUGCAUUUUUUCUGCAUUAUUGAUGCACAACUCUGUUAAAAUUUACAUUAUUUCUUUAAAAUUUUUUUGUACAGAUCUAUGCACAUGUAGUUAAUAAAUCCAUAUUUGAAGAUGUUUAACAUCAUUGUUUUAAAUGUAUACAUAUUGUACUAAUUUAACAACUAACACAAGUUGUGGGUUAUAAAUUGUAUUAUAUUUAAAAAUUAUAUUUAAACUCCCAAUUAAAACAAAGUUUAUAAAGGGGUAUCACUGUGCAGGUUUGUUUAGAUGGCCAGCCAGUGGAUGGUUGCAAAUCUUGCUGACUAAACUACUUAAUUAUUUUUUCUACAAUUUUCUUGCAAAUUUUUGCAUGCUCAUUGGUCUUUUGAUUGAAGAUGUGCAAGAUAAACACCAGUAACAAUGUUGGCUGAGCCAGGACAGUCAUGAUCACGUGUGAGCGCAUUGUGAAUAUUCAUUGUAAUGUCAGUUAGGUCAUCACAUACGGUAUCGAUAUGCAAAUAACUCAGAUUACCACAGUAAACCAGAUUAUCACAGUAAACACAUCAAAAAUUCAAUUUUGGUUAAUAUGUCACAUGAUACCUUUUGUCAGAGAAAGGCUGUAUUGCCAUGCUAUACAUUUCUCUUAAUUAUAAUGUUAUACUAUAAGCAUCAAGUGUUCUGUAGGAUAUGCAUACAUGUAUGUCAUAUGAAAAAAAUACAUGCAGUAUUAAUUUCAUAACAGAUAAUUAUGGUCACAUUAUAUUUUUACACUAUCAAGAGAAUUUAACUUUUUGAAACGUGGUCAUUUUCAGUCUUGUUUAAUUAUUUAAUUUAAUUGGCACCAUAUUGUACAUGUCUUCUCUCAUGACAAAAAUGACUUGUUUCUUUCAUGCCUUCAAUGUACUUGCCAUGAAAAAAGUAAUCUGUCAUGAAAUCUAGACCCCCUUUUCCUACAUUCUUUUUGGGUCACAGAUAAAAACUCGACAGAAAUAUACAUGAAUGGGACUGAUUUGUUAUUGUAAUAAUCACAGUACUACUAAUCUACACUUUGCCUGCACACUUUCGUUUUGGGGGAAGAUUAUGACAUUUAUUUUUGUAUUUUCUUGAAAAUCAAUUUCCUCAGGAAUAUUGUUUAUUUUUCAUUUGGUCUCAUCCCACAUGGUCUAAUCCUAGUUUGUCUUCAACAAGUUCAUCUACUAAACCAUUUGGUCUAAUUAAAAAAUCAAUUUCCUUAGGAAUAUUGUUUAUUUGGUCUAAUCCUAGUGUGUUUUCAACAAGUUCAUCUACUGAACCAUCUGGUCUAAUUGCCAUUUACCCCCUUAUCAUUUUGUCUAAUUUCCAGUUUGGCUAGACACAUUUUGUAUAAUAUCCACUUGGUCCAAUACCACUUACUAGUAGUCUAUAUGAUUAGAUGAACUGGCCCAUCUGGCCACCAAACUAACUGACAAACCAGGAGAUGGUUAGACCAAAUUGAUAGAAGACAAAGUGGGUCUAGCCAUGAAGGCGUUAGACAAUCUGAGAAUUAGACCAUCUGCUUGUGGACCAAUUGAAUAUAAACUAAUUAUUCAUUGCAGAGCCCCUCCCCAUAUUUUGGAGGAUAUGAUUGUGAGUUAUUUGUGAUAGAGAAAAUUAUAAUAUUUUUGAUAAUGUAAUGAUACAUGUAAGAUUGUGACUUGUGAGGAUAUACAUGUUCUUGCUCUGUGUCUGCUAAAACUCAUUGGCCAUAUUCUGAACUCGGGUUUCAUUCAGACCCUGGCCCAAAUUUGCAGUUUUAGUAUGGAUAGCCAACUAUGAUAAUUAUCUUUCACGGUGCAAGAUCAAUUUAUGUGCUCAUUGGGACUCAAAUCAUUCAUAAUUGUCAAGAAAUAAUGACAAAUUUUUUCACCUUUAAAGCAUGAGGGAAGAGCAAAUUUAACAUAACAACCGAUGAUAUA